AUGGCACUCCCACGUAAAAGCAAAAAUAAUAAUAUGAACAUGAAUGUGACCUAUCCAUCUAGUUUCACGCUUGUGCUUUCCAUUAUGCUGGUCCUGGCCUUAGCUAAUACGUUCCUUGAGAUCCAAGAAUCAAAAGGUCAACUUCCUCCGGGCCCAGGACGAUGGCCGAUCAUUGGAAACUUGUUCCAAAUGAUCAUGAACCGGCCGGCUCAUCAGUGGAUUCACCGCGUAAUGGAAGAUAUGGAAACGGAGAUAGCUUGCUUCCGUUUUGCCGGCGGCGUCCAUGUCAUUAUCGUAACCUCAAGCGAGAUUUCCCUAGAAGUGCUUAGGGAAAAAGACAAGGCUCUCGCAGACAGAGCUGAGGCAUACUCGAUCAGACUCAUAAGUCAUGGCUACAACGGCGUUAGUUUCUCUUCCUACGCAGACUACCGCCCUUUUCUUAGAGGAUGGAACGUCGAGGGUGAGGAGAAGGACGCAAGAGAAGCGGUUGAUAUUAUCAACAGGUGCAACGACCCGAUCAUCCGCGAGAGAAUGCAUUUGUGGAGGGACAAAGGCGGAAACGAGACGGAGGAAGAUUGGCUCGAUAUUCCAAUCAAGCAAAAAGAUGAUCAAGGAAUACAUUUAUUCACAUUUGAGGAGAUUAGAGCUCAAUGCAAGGAUGUCAAUGUUGCAACCAUCGACAAUACAAUGAAUACCGUGGAGUGGACGAUAGCGGAGAUGUUGAAUCAUCAAGAGAUUCUUGAGAAAGCUACAAAAGAACUGAACAUUAUAGUUGGCAAAGACAGGCUUAUCCAGGAAUCAGACAUACCACAACUUAACUACAUCAAAGCUUGUUGCAAAGAAUCUUUCCGGCUUCACCCACCUAAUGCAUUUUUGCCUCCUCAUGGAGCCCGAGAAGAUACUACUCUUGCUGGUUAUUUUGUCCCCAAAGGUAGUCAAAUUCUUAUGAGCUGUCCAGGACUUGGUCGGAACCCUAAGACAUGGGAGGAACCUGACGCGUUCAAGCCAGAGCGACACCUUGUUGAUCAUGCUAGGGACCCAGUGGAUGUGACUUUAGAUGGAGCCCGACAUGCGUUUCGUGGUAUUCGGCACCGGUCGGCGUGGCUACACAGGUCCUAA